GUUUAUACUUACUUCCGGUUUCAGGUAGAGGCGGUACUUAUUUGUUGUCAUGGCGGCGUUUUUGAUAUUUCGAACUGUUUUGCAUGCUACAGCAGAUACUUGCCGUCUGACUAGAUGUGUGUUUUCAUUCUGUAACACUGAUUUUUCUAGUUGACGGGAUUUUUUUCGCUGAUAGCUACAAUAGUGCAGUACUAACCAGCUAUACGAAUUUUGCGCCAUCUUCCAACGUUAACAUAAGAUUACGUUGGCACUUAAAAAAUGUGUUCGCUAGCGUGUUGAAAAUAACUAGCUAAUUAUCCAGCUGACAGCUUGCCAGGGUUUAGUGCUAAUUUGCACCUAGCUCGCUAGCUGUCCAACAACAAUGGCUGCAACGUUUCUCAAUAAGUCCCCAGCGACCUUAGACUUAGAUAAAUCUAAAAGCCGGGUCUCAGAUCCGAAUCGUCGCAAUGCAUAUUCUCAGUUACUUUUUAAUGCAGCUGUGCCUGCCAACGCGUUUAACCGUGCAACACAAGUUGGACCGCCUGCACCCAUUGUAAUUGAGAAACUGCUGCCCCGAGUAGAGAAACCGGAUGAUUUGGAGAGCACUGGCAGCUCGCUGUGUUUCUCUGCUCUAUCUGAGGAGCGUUUGCUGGCUGCAGUCAGGCUGGCCAAAAGGGACCUAAGGAGGAGACGAAAGGAGUCUCUGAACUGCUCCCCAGUCAGAUCAAAGUCAGGGGAAACCACACUCUGUAAGCGAAUUGCGGAGCAGGAAACUAAGACCCAGAAGGGUGUCUCUAAGGGGAGAUCAAAGACUCCUGGACCCAAAGAAGACGUUACUCUGUCUGGAGCCAAAGUGCUUGUCUACACCCCCCAGAAGUACAUAUCUAUACCUCCUGGACUUGAUCAUGGUCUAUCCCCUCCAACCAGAGACCCAGGCCCAAGGCAGACAAUCAGCCAGGAGCCCAAGACAGCCCUCAGCCAGGAGGUCCUCCGGUUGCAGAUUGCACUAGCCAACUACAUCCAGAAAAUAGAGCAACUGACUAACCGAGGGCAAACAGUUGACGAGCCCUUGGAGCCUGAUGUGCAGGACAGACUGGAGGUCCGCAGACAGGAACAAGCGUCCCGCUCGGCACGUGUUAUCUAUGUGCUGCAACAACAGGUCAAAGAGAUCCAAGAGGAUUUAGACAAACUACGCUCAAACAAGAUUCAGCACACAAAGAAAUCCAGGGCGAUGAGCAGGCUGGCUGCUGCCCACAGAGGGGCGGUUCGGGCCAUGCAGGCGUUCACCAACCAGCUGUCCGACCCGUCUGAGUACAGGGUGCACUCCCAUUAUAAAGAGCUGGGCCAGCUGAUCCGCCAGCUCUCUCUGUGCUCGGCCAAGGUGGCAGUGGACCAGGGCUCAGCUGUCCCAGAGACCGCCCUCGACAUCCUGCAGAAUCUGGAGACUUUGGAUAAUGUUCUCCGGGAGCAGGAGCGUCCCGCGCGGGGCAGGCAGGCCCGAGCACACAGCUCCUCUCCUCCACGACACCGCAGGUCUCCACAACACAACACGUCCCCUGCCUUCCGUCGUGCACCUAAGGGCCCUGCCACCAGGGGUCUCAGCGGGCCCCGUAGAGCGGCAAGCCUCCGGAAGCCCUUCCCUGCACACAGGAGAGUGGUCCGCCAAUAUCGGGAGGCCCCAAGUGCCCCCCGGCCUCAUCCACAGCUGGGUCGCAGCCAGGUGCUCCGUGCUGGCCUGGAGAGCCUGGUCCCUCUCAGAGAACAUGGGGCUGGAGCAGGACAGGUCCCCAACAGUCAAGGAGGAGCACAACAACCCGAUAGGACAAAAAAGCAAGGAGCCCAUUUGAGGGACGCAGGUUUCCAGCAGCCUACGGUGGCCUCCAGAUUGAGGGUGUGUCAGCUCCCCCAGAAGGAGGCCUCUGUGCCCUGGAUACCCACGUCACCUCACUCCCCCCCUAAGCAGCAGCAACAACAACAGCAGCAGCGCUCCCCUCAGAAGGGGCCGGAGCCUCGAUGUCUCUUCUCGCCCCUGAAGCCCUCCUCAGGCCCCUCGGAGCAACAGCCGAGCAGGGAGGUGCCAGCAGAUCCAGACCUCCAUCCCACCUCUGACAGACUGAGACAAGCCCACAAUGAAGCUCUCAGGCAAGCCUGGCUGGACAAGGUGACCAUGCAGAGGCUGAAGGAGAUGAAUCAGCUGAGUAAAGAGGAAGCCGACCGCGUCCAGAGUCUCAGGUCUGAGGUGGACAGUCCUACCCAGAGGGCUGAGAGAGCAGAGUGGGCCAGAGGGAGACUUCUGCCUUUACUGGACCAGGUUCAGCAUGUAGGUGCUGCUGCCUCUCCAGACCGGGACAGAAAGGCAGCGUGGACGGCUCUGAGGCGUCAGCUGUCUGAGAAGCCUGCAGGCACAGCCUCGGAGGGGGCGGAGGUGUUGAGCCCGGCACCACUGGAGGAGCUGCUGGACGAGGCAGCGCUCUCCGCCUGGGCUGUGGAGGCGGGGAGGCUCACGGAGGGUUUGGCCCGGGCCCCCACCCUGGAGAGCAUGCUGCUGAGAAUGGAGGAGAUCGAGAAGGACCAGGAGGCUGUGAGGAGGCGCUUUGCUGCCAUCACCUACUCAGACCCUCGACACUGGGACGGAGGGGAUGCCGCCGGGCCCCGGCAGUCUUCUCCUGGCUCUAGGCCAGUCUCUCCUCAGCACAUUAAGAUCCACAGGCCAGCGCAGAGACACAUCACUGCAGCUGACAUUGUCCUUCAGAGCCCAGUGGAGACUGGUCACAGUGUCCUGUCCGACAGCCGCCUCGUGGAGGACACCCCCAUUCAACCGCAGCCCUGCGGAGGGGAGAGGGGGGGCCCGCGGAUACGUCUCUCCAUGCCCACCAGCAUGCAGAGGAAUCUAGAGAAGUACAAACAGGAGCAUGAAGCCUACCUCCGUUUGGUGGCCCACGAGGUAGUGGGCAGCUUCAAUCCCUGGGCCGUCGCAGACAGUCUUGCAGACGAGCUGAUGUCCGAAGCAUUGGAUGACGUAGCAGCAGAGUUCCAGGAUGUCUGUGAGGACUAUGCCGAGGCCGUCUUCACCUCUGAGUUCCUUCAGCCAAUCACGUCAUCUUCUCCUUCCAUACCACUGGACAGCCAAUAGACCGGUCUUCAUGGACAUUUGAAGCACCAGGCUAUGAAAAAUGAAAUGGGUCAUUGUUUCGUUUUCAGCCUGAUUUUAUUUUUAUUUGAGAUUUCGUGUGUGGUGUGUGUGUGCUUUGAAUACAGUGUGUUGUGUAAUUGUUUUUCCUGCUGAAUGAAUAUUCGAAGUUUGGAAAUAUAGAUAUUGUUUUAUAAUCUUUUUCACUGUAUUUCACCAGGCAAGUUGACUAUGAAAACAUUCCACUGUACAGAAACGUUUUCAUUGGGAAAGUUAGUUUUUAUAAGCUUGGGAAUGACAUUUCCAAAAUACAGCUUAGAAAAUCA